AUGGAUAGAGAGAAAACAAUAGCAGAUGGUUAUGGUGUAUUUGUGUCGGAUAUUGCUAGAGGAGUGACAGAUGAAAUGUUGAAAGAGGAAUUUAGUAAAAUAGCAGAGGUAUCAGAGGCUAUUGUUGUAAAGAAUAAGCAUUCUGGUGAGACAAAGGGAUACGGUUUCGUAAAGUUUUUUUCUCUAAAUGACUGCUAUCGUGCAGUUGAAUGGACUAGUCCACCUGCUUUCAAAGAUCAUUUCUCUGGUAAAAGCAGAGAGAUUAGAUUAGAUUAG